AGGGGAGCCUCCAUUGGCCAUGGUGAUGUCAGGAGAUAGCCAGAAAUUUGAGAAGGGAUUGGAGGAGGAGGUGUCUUGGUAGGGAAGGCAGAAGAAAACUGUUCCAGUUGAAGAGAAGAAAGCAGCUCAGAAACAACAAACAGCCUGAGGAGUUGCUAAAGACACCAGAACCCAGCCUAGAGGGGUACGUUUAAAGAAAUAAGCCAAGGGGAGACUUCUAGGCAUAGGCUGGCAAAGAUCUGAGAAGAAAAAGAACAGAAAGGAAAAGAUGUUAGCAAGUGUCUUUGCAAGUUUUCACUUUGCUGCUGAGAAGAGGCCAGGGCAAGAAAAGAUCGAAGCCAGGGAAGAAACUCCAAACACAGUAGUGUAAGCGGAGCAGGGAAGAGUGCAGAACUGUGCUGAUCUCAUGGCAGAGAGCGUCAAUCCAUCCUAUCCACCCACUAUGGAUUAUACAGAGGAGCAUAUUUUGGAAGGCAGGAUCAACGGGGUAUAUGACUCUGGACAUUACGCACUGCUUGAAUUGGUCAUCUUCAGCAUCGCCAUCCUAAUCUGCAUGUUGGGAUGGGUAGGCAAUGGACAUGCGAGUUGGCUCCUAGGCUUCCGCAUCAAGGGGAAUGCUUUCACUACCUACUUUCUGAACAUGGCUGUUGCUGACUUUGGCUCGCUCGUGUUCUUGUCUUUCUUCCUUAUUCUUUGUGUUACUGACUUCUCCUACACUUUUUUCUACCACAUCAGUGCUUUAGUAGUAGUACUGCAGGAACUCUAUCUUUUCACAUUUACUGCCAGUCUGUGUUUUCUCACCGUCAUCAGUGUGGAGAGGUGCCUGGCUGUCCUCUUUCCAACCUGGUACUCAUGCCGCCGGCCAACGUGUCUUUCUUCUAGGAUAUCCUUCCUGAUCUGGACCUUGUGUACCAUGUUCUAUGGAAUGCAGAUUUCAUUCUUCCUGGUGUAUUAUAUGGAACUGAAAAUAGUGACCCAAAUCAUGUUCAUUGUGAACUACUGGGCUUUGCCUCCACUUCUCUGUCUUUCCACUUUGGUGCUGCUUGCUAAGAUCUGUUGCAGCUCUCAGCGGCAGCCUGUAGGCAGCCUAAAUACUGUUAUUCUCCUUCUACUCCUCUUUGUUCUCCUCUUUCGUGGCCCAUGGGUUAUUGCAUACUCCAUAUACAGCAUUGGCUAUUCCAAUCUAUUUUUCAUACUUUCCCAUCUCGUCUACUCUAUCUGUUGCAGCAUCAAGCCAAUCUUUUAUCACUUUGUGGGGAGAAAGUGCAGGUAUUCACCCACAGAACCCUUGGAGGCUGUUUUCCAGAGAGUUUUCCAGGAUGAAGUAUAUUCUGUGGGUGAAAAUGAGCAGACCAGUGCAAGCACAACUGGUGAUGUAACUUGCUGAAUCCAAAGCAUAAACAGUCAAACAUGGAUUGUCCCUAAAUGGGGAAAAACUGUCAAUUGUUAAUUAUUUUAGAAAAGAUGCACAAUGAAGAAUUUGCUCUGCUGAACUGCCUUUUGUGUCCCUACCUGGGAAUGAAGGUGUAAGACAUGCUCAAUGAAUGUGAUGUAGGAAUGCAAUUCUAUUAAUAUACAUAAACCAGAUUUGGAGCCAGAUUUAAGACGGGCCAGAUGCACUCAAUGAAGUGGAAUUCUUUAUUCUCCACUUCACCAAGCAGCUCAGAAAGCUCACUGAAAAAAUACACAGAGUUAGGAUCCCUUGGUGAAUGGAGUCAGUCGUAGAUACAGAAGUAGGAGAAAUUCAUUUCAUUUUGUUCAGGAUUUACCAGCUUGGAGCUUCUGGAUAGUUGAAGGUUGCAGAUUUUUACAUCUGUAAUGUGAUUCAUAGACAGACAUCACACAAAUGUGUCCAACAGUAUGCAUGCAAUUGAAGACAUGCACAUGGAAAAAUGUACACAAAUAUGCUUCCAUCCAUGGAAGAAGGAUGCAUACAUGUUAGAGAUGUGCACAACUGAUCUGUACAUUUGCAAAAAUGUGUGCAAAAAUAUACUAAAAAUUUCAUGCAAAAAGAAAAAAAAAGAAAUAUCACUGUCUAAUGCAAACACAAGAUGAAACAAGCUUCAGAGAAUCUGGAGAACUUCAAUUAACUUGGCUGUUGUGGUGAAUGAUCCCCCGAAAUUAGGUGGAGGGACUUCCUGUGAGAUGAACCAUUCCUCUCACAGAAGGCCUCUUGCUCAGAUCUUGGAGCCAAGAGAUGAUGUACUGCAUCCAAAGCUAUUCUACUGCCUCUGCCCUCUAACUCAGUGCAAUGAAAGCUGCUGUCCACCUCAGUUGGUAAACAUCUCCUCCCUGCAUCCCAUGGUGUUAGAAUGAACCCACCUAGCUCUGGGCAUUGGACAAUAAUAUAAUUAAUCUUGCUAGUCCCAUCUUAAGUGCUGUGAAAGAGGCUUCAGCAGCCAUUCCCAUCUGGUUGGUCAUCCUGAGGAUGGAGACUCAAAGGUGACUCCCAUGUCCAGUUCCUCAUGCUGGAAAACCGAAGUUCAGCUUGGGCAAGCCACCACUCUUAUUGCUUGGGCAUCUCCACCACCAGCGCUUUCUGCUUUCUUCUCUUUUCCCACCAACCAGCAGUGUAACCACCAUUACUGUGAGUAACUAAGCCUUAUUUUUAUUUCAUGUAUUUAUUACAUUUGUACACCACCUGAUAGCCAAAAGGCUCUCUUCAACCUUACUGCAGGCAUCCCAACCGGAAUAAAAACCUUCUCAAAUGCUUGAAAAUGACCAAAUGGUUGGUUUUGGAGGCCGGGCAAAGGGCAUGUCACUACCUGGAAAUGCCUGGAGAGCAUAAUUGGGAGCCCAGUCCUGAGCUUUCGUACCUCUGCUUUGAAAGUUCCCUCACAUGCUCCAGUAAGGAAACAAAAGAAAAAAGUACUGGACUUGCUUCUUUUCAGCUGGUCAGAGUUUGAGCCGGGGGAAGAAUUAUACUGGACUCUAACCAGUUCCACCCACCACUGUAACACUCUUGUAGCCAGAUGUACUGAAGAUCAAAAAAGGGGAAUAGGUGGGUGUGUAGAGAUCUAGUCUUAAUCCCACAAUGAAUCUGGAAGCAGAAGUGGGCUAAAGCGCCUUGUCUGGCAAAGCUCAACAUGUUGUGAUGGAUGGUCAUAGAAUCAUAGAAUAGUAGAGUUGAAAGGGGCCGUUGGGUGCAACCCCCUGCUGCUGCAGGACACCAGUUCACACCAUCCCACUCUGAUGAUUCAGAGGUAAUUUCAUUCUGGAAUUGUUAGCCAUUGCCUUAAGACAGUGGGAAAUGCUUUGGCGAAAUCCUUUGCUGAUCAACUUAUUUCCUGAUAAGAAAAUUCUUUCUUUUCAUGGACAAGAGAGUCACAAUAGCGUUAAUUCUGUGACCAACCAAAAUGGUACAGUAGUCACAAAAGGAAGGCUGAGAUUCUUGCUGCUGGCUGUUGCUAUCCAUAAGAAGAUUCCUGCCACACCACCGUCUUGUGCAGUUGUCUUAUCAUUAUCUCUUCUGUACUGCCAGAUAUUGGGAAAGCAACAUGAGAUUCUAUGCACUCAAGCUUUAGGGAUCUUACAAAAUAGGCCUAAAACUGGGUUACUCUGGGAGGCUCCCAGCAUGUUGGAUUUGGACCAAGUGCCAGAUAUUCUAACACCCUGAAGGAAGGGUACCUUUUCAUCAGAGUCAUCCCAUUGAUUUUAUUUAUUUUAUUAUUUUGUUAUGAAACUUAUUUUCCAUAUUACUGGUCCUAUUGGACUCUCUAAGCAGGUUACAGCAAAGAUUUGCAACAAUAAAAAAAAGUUAAAAUGUCAAUAAAAUCACAAGAAAACUGUAAUAUACAGAACACAUAAUAUAUAAAUAAUGAUAUGUUCAAAAACAAUAUACAGCUGAGAGUUAAGGGGUGAUAAGUUAAAACAAUGUAGGUUUAACAAUAUAGUUUUAACAGGUUAAAACAAUAUAGGUUUAAACAGUAAGAAUGUAUAAAAUUUAACACCUUUAAAAGAAUAAAAUAAAUGGUUAAAAUGUCUGGAAAAGGAAGUUGUUCUCACCUGGUACCAAAAAGAUUGUAAUGAGGGCACCAGGCAAACUGCUUUCGGGAGGUUGUUCCACAGGUGGGGUGCAAGUGCUGAAGACCCCGCUUCUAUUAGCCCUCCACCUUCCCUUCUUGAAGGAAGGCUCUUUCAGAAGGGCCUCCAAAACUGACCUGAGGAGCUGGUUAGAUACAUAGAGGAGCAGGGAGUCCUUCAGGUAUCCUGGUCCCAAGCAGUUUAGGGCUUUUUAUCUCAGGACAAGCACCUUAAACUGGGCCCUUUUAACUGGAAAAAAAUCACCAUAAGUUGAACUCUAGCAAGGAAAUGUACUUCAGCCUCUAUUAUUGAAAUUGAAAGGGUGUUACAGUACAAAUAGCUCAACAAGAGGCAACUCGUGGUUCUCUGAACAUUGUGGCCAACAAGUCCCAUCAUCCACCAACAUAGGCUGUUCUGGCUGGGACUGAUGGGAAUUGCAGGGCAAAGCAUCUGAAGGACCACAAGUGGUCCAUCCCUGAGUAUAACUGAAUGAUGCUCCUAUGUCAGGAGUGUCCUCAAAGACCAGCUAGAAUGAAACCAGUGUUUGAUAGCCUUCAGGUAUGGCCCAUAUCAACUGCCAGUGACAUAAACCAAUGGGGACAACUCUUAUGGCAAAUGUCUUACACAACAAGACUGUUGGAUGAGUUAGAUCCACUCUAGUAUGUGUUACAGAGCACCUUGUUUCCCCUUGACUGACUUGAUGUGCUACUUGGAUCCACCUACCUGGCCAACCACCUGAAAGAGAAGGCAAUAGCAGGAGAAGAAGGCUGAAGGUCCAGCUGUGUACCAGAAGUAGAACUGCAAGUGCUAAAGACGCCAACAACAGCUGUCCCUGGCUCCCGAAACACAAUAUUUGCAUAUUUUUGACUCUGAGGCUGUUUCCCUCCCUGGCAUGCUUCCAAUGGCACUUCUCAUUUUGCUCAUUAUUAGUGGCUUUGAACUUCACAAAGAAUAUAGAAGAAUACAGAAGACAGAAUAUUUUGCCUAUACUGUUUUCCCCUUUUCUGCCCUAAUUUGUUUGCUGCCCUUUUAUGCUGGAAUUUGUUCACUGUUUCUAUUGUUCUGUGAGAAUCAUUGCACAUUUUAUUGUUUGAAAUGCACCCAGAGAAAACUGUGCUUGGUGGCAUAAAAUUUUAUUAAUAAUAAACAACCAAAAGAUUAAAACAAAUAAAUAUAAA